UCAAGAACUUCCUUUCGCCAGCCAAUCGGCAAGAGAGUCUUUAUACUUUUUUUUUAAACGAUACGUCUCUACAGCCAAUCAGUUGCCAGAGUGAGCCAACCUUCUGAUUCCUAAACGUGCGCGUGAGACUCUUCUUCAGGGGGGUCUGAAAGAUGGCUCAGAAACUCCUACUCAGGCCGCUUCUGUCUCUUCCCGUCAAGCAGCUUUUUGCACCUCUGGGUUCCCAGCACUCAUUGUUCCUAUCCAGAGCGUCAGCCGUGCCAUGCAGCAUCCCCUUCCACAGACCGCUUCCUGUCGCUACUGUGCCUGCAACUAUUAGGACAUUUUCCACUACUCAGGUCUUCAGGCAAACCUUUAAUGUCCAAGAUGGAGAUGACUUCCAAGACCGAGUAUUGAAGAGUCAGAAGCCGGUGGUGAUAGAUUUCCAUGCACAGUGGUGUGGCCCAUGCAAGAUCCUGGGCCCCAGACUGGAGAAGAUGGUGGCCAAGCAGGAGGGGAAGGUGCUGAUGGCCAAAGUGGACAUUGAUGACCACACAGAUCUAGCCCUUGAGUACGAGGUUUCAGCAGUGCCCACAGUCCUAGCUAUGAAGAACGGCGAUGUGGUGGAUAAGUUUGUGGGGAUAAAAGAUGAGGAUCAGCUGGAAGCCUUCCUGAUGAAACUGGUUGGGCCCUGAGCAAGCAAGGACCACUCUCUCAUGUGCACCAAGGCCCCCUCGCGUUUAUCCUUCUUCUCUGUUUCCUUGGAGGGGAUGAGGGAAAAUUGGACAGCCUUAUAGAAGCUGAACUAGUAGUGAUUUUGAGGGAAUGGAUGGCACCAACCUCUUCCUUUUUGACAGGGGAUGAGGAGCAGUUAUUCUGAUCUUGGUGGGAUGGUUGAUCACUUAAUGGCAGUGGGAGAACAGAGUCCACUGCCUAUUAGGAAAUAACCGGACUUCUAUUGAGGUAAUUCAGGACUUCUGUUGAGGUAAUCUCCCUUAUCCAGCUGGUGCAGUGUAGACCCAAUGUAGUUAAUAAUUUCUGCCUGUAAGAUAGUGAAGGAUCUUGUUGAAAAUCAGUCACUCUGCCUCAUCUCUCCUGUCUGUGUCUUCCCUUCUUCCUGGGGGUAGUUUGAAGUCAUCUGCAGCUCUUUAGCUGCUGCCACAACACCUGCCCCCUGCUGCUGGUUAUAAACUGAAUGAAGAGAAACCAUUGUUUGGAUUUGUUUUGUUUUGUUAGAUCUGUAAUAAAAACAGCUUUAGUAAAUUGA